CUUUCAGCAGGGCGGUGGGACUUCCUGUAUGCGGCGCAGUCAACAGCGGAGGCCCCACCCUUUGUGUAACCUACCGCCCGUCAAUCAAAACAGAAAUAAAUCAGUCAGUUAUCACCUAUUUCUGCGCGUAUGCAAUCAGUUUAAUCAGCUCAUCAUGCCCCGUGGCUUUUGACUAUCACGACUUCCCGUUCAAAGACAAGUCACGCGAUGACUGCCCCAGAACAGCCGCUGAAACCGGAUGAAAUGGACGGCGGUCAGGACAGUUUUAUCCAGCAGGAUGAAGGCAGGGGCAAUCAGGACGCUCAGCCAUCACCCCUCGACCUGCUAGCAACGACCUGCACUCAGGUUGAGUCGCCAUCGUCAGAGGUGAACAGAGGUGCUGCAGCUGAUGUGGCAUCAGAACCAUCUUCUCAGCUUACAGGGACUGAGAAAUGGGAAGUGCUAACCCCCACAACAGCAGCAAAGGACGAGUCUGGAAUAAUACAGAUCCCGAGUCAAGGAAUAUUGACAUCAAAUGGACAGUAUGUUCUUCCUCUCCAAAGCUUACAGAGUCAGCCGAUCUUUGUGACGUCUGGCACAGACGCCUCAUCUGCCAAUUCAGUGCCUAACAUUCAGUACCAAGUGAUUCCUCAGAUUCAGACAGCAGACGGACAGCUGAGCUUCUCCACAACCGGUGUGGAAGGACCAACCCUGACUCAGGAUGGCACAGGGCAGAUUCAGAUCUUGCCUGAUGGUAGCCAGAGUCUCAAUGUGGCAUCAUCUGCAAGCAUCCUUAACAACCAAAACCUCAUGUCACAGACUGGCAGCAUCCAGCAGAUCCAAGGGGUGUCCUUUGGUGGAUCCACUUUUAACAACCAGGGCCAGGUUGUUGCCAACGUGCCUGUGGGCCUGCCUGGGAACAUUACUUUUGUUCCUAUUAACAGUGUUGACUUGGACUCCCUCGGCCUGUCGGGUGCUCAGACUAUAGCAACGGGGGUCACGGCUGAUGGCCAGCUGAUUAUGGCGAAUCAGCCAGGAGAUAACGCAGAGAGUUUGAACAAGACAGAUGAUCAGCUCUCACAGACACUACCAGGACAUAACUCAAAUGCAAAUGCUGAGAUAUUUGUGCCAACGUCUUCCUCUCAGCUACAUGUUUCUGCAAACGAAGCCAGUCUGCAGACACAAGACCAUUCGUUACAAUCUGUGGCUACAGUUCAAGCAGACUCAAGCGCUGCCCUACAAGAAAGCUUCCUCCAACAAAAUCAGGAGCAGAGCGUCCAGGUUUCCUCAGCUCAGUCCAUCAUCCAGCUGCAGCAGAUGCCCAUUCAGACCACCAAUGGCCAGGUGGUCCAGUCCAUGACUGCAGGAGGACAGAACCUGCAAAAUGUCCAGCUCAUCAACCCAGGAACCUUCAUUAUCCAAGCCCAGACAGUCACCCCAUCAGGUCAGAUACAAUGGCAGACCUUUCAGGUACAGGGCGUGCAGAACCUUCAGAACCUCCAGCUUCCCACCACACCACCCCAGCAGAUUACCCUGGCACCCGUCCAGACCCUGUCUCUGGGCAACAUCAGUGCAAGUCAGAUCCCAAACCUGCAGACGGUGACGGUCAACUCAGUAGCCCAACAGGAAGGAGGUGGACAAACAGAAACCCCAGGAGAUAUUCGGAUAAAGGAAGAGCCAGACUCCGGAGACUGGAUGAGCACAGACUCCACCCUAAAUGCGGACGAUCUGUCUCACCUCCCUGUCAGACUGGGAGAAGAAGAGGACCAGCUCGGUCAGGAGGGCAAGAGGCUGCGCAGAGUCGCGUGUACUUGUCCCAACUGCAAAGAGUCGGGCGGCAGAGGAUCAAACACGGGGAAGAAGAAGCAGCACAUCUGCCACAUCGCGGGCUGUGGGAAGGUGUACGGGAAAACGUCGCACCUGCGAGCGCACCUGCGCUGGCACUCGGGGGAGCGGCCUUUCGUCUGCAGCUGGAUGUUCUGUGGGAAGAGGUUCACACGCAGCGACGAGCUGCAGAGGCACAGGCGGACACACACAGGAGAGAAGAAGUUCGUCUGCCCCGAAUGUUCCAAGCGCUUCAUGCGGAGCGACCACCUGGCGAAACACAUUAAAACCCACCUGAACAAAAAGGGCGUGAACUCUAGCGGCGCCGUGGCGUCGUCCGUGGAGUCGGCAGGCUCCUCGGACAGCAUCAUCACGGCGGGCGGCACCACCCUCAUCCUCACCAACAUCCAGCAGGGCUCCAACAACGCCCAGGACAUACUGGCCAACGCCGAGAUCCCCCUCCAGCUCGUCACCACGGUCGCCGCCAGCGAAGUCAUGAAGUGAUUCGCUCCCUCGAACUUUCUGCGUUUUUCAUACUGUAUACCCCAACUUGCAUUUUUAUUCAAGUUUUGAAGGAAAGUUAUAGAUUAUAUAUAAAUAUAUAUAAAUAUAUAUUUUACCACAGAAAAUAGUCCAUGUCCAUCUUUAGUGUCCAAAAAGGAAAAACAAGCAAAUGGAGACUAAAAGGUGGAAAAAAGACAUUGCAGUAAACACACAAAGAAAUGCCUUAUUUUGUACAAUAUUGUGUAGUUUAAAUGCCACUUUGUUUAAAUUUACCUAUUUCUCAAUUAUGUAUUUCUGGGAAAAACUGUUGCUAAGUCAAGCAAAUAUAUUCUCACCUUUCGUUGCUAUUGCAUCUAAAUGAUCUUUGUUUGUCUUUUUUUUUUUUAAAAGAGCGAUUUAGACCCAACCACAGCAAGUUUUAUGCAGCUGAAAUGAAUUUUUAAAAUCCAUGCAACAGUUAAUUUUUUUUAUUAUUAUUAUUGUUGUAAUGCAUCAUUUCCUGGCAGUCAGUCUACUUCCAAAGUUGUUUUUCAUCCAGAUACAUUUUUUUUUAUUCCUAUACCUAUAUAAAAUUGUUCACACCUGCAACAUUAAGCAGGUGAAAAUGGAAUGAAUAUAUAUAUAUAUAUAUAUAUAUAUAUAUAUAUAUAUAUAUAUAUAUAUAUAUAUAAAUAAUUAAUUAAUUACACUUCUUCUGGAACAUCGAAAAAGUACAUUUGUGAUAUCUAAAAUUACAACAGUUCCAUACCGUGUAAUUCAAAUGUUUUUGUACCCUUUUUGGAGGAGGAAAAAAAUCUGCAGAGAAAGAAUAUGUGUUGUAAUAUAAAAAAGAAAUAAAAGCCAUUUUCUUUGGAGAAUAUUUGCCAAAUUUGACUCCAAACUCAGGGUGAAUCCUGCCUGCGUGCUGUAAGUAGAGUAAAUCACCCGUCUAGUUUCUCAGGCCAUGUUUCUGUUUGGGAUUUUUGUUUUUCUUCUCUGUCAUUUUUACAAGUGAAAAGCUUACAAACCUGUCACCAUGCCAUGUUAAUACAUGAAUACAUGUACUGAAUAUUUUUAUAACAAACUUUGUGUUAGGAAAACAGCUUUGCAAAAAGUUUUUUUUUUUUUACUUUUGUCCAUUGAUCUUAUUAUGAUAUCAAAAACUGAUUGUUGAAAGUGGUACUUGUAAAGCAGCACUGUUCUCAUCACUUUAAUCUUGUUUUAUCCUCUGAUUUCAAUGUUUAGUUGGAAACUUUGUUAAAGCCGCCAUCAGCGCAUGUACAGCUUCUCUAGCCCUGUGUCAUUUCAAGUGUUUUACAUUCCCCAUUUUUCCUCAUGUCUUUAUCUCAUUUCAGACACCCCCCUCCCUCAAUCCCCCAAACUGUAAAAUUAAAUGCACAUAACACACUGAGUAGUGACUUUAAUGAUGAUGUGGGAAAGUUGGGUCUGUUUUUUUUGUUUUUUCACAUUUUUGUGAUCAGUUUUUUUUGUUUGUUUGUUUUUUUUUGGCCAAUCUGGCUUCUUUGGGAGCUUUCUCCAACACGCUAAAUAAAACAUGCAGCAUAUUAAUGUUAUUUACUAAAUACUGAAAGGUUUAUGUUUAUUCCACUCUUCUGUAGUAAGAAACAACAGAAAUCUGUUAGCAUAUAACAUCAAUACAAAUAUUUUCUGUUAA